GUUUCAUCCACUUUUCACUCUGAAUGCAAGCUGUAAGUGGGUGACAUGGCAACUGGUGGCACUCCUUUUGAUGACAGUUCAGAAGAGCUGCAUAACUGGACUGUAACCAAUGGCAGUCUGGAAGAUAGACUCAACAACAUGGACUGGGGUGUACAGCAGAAGAAAGCCAACAGAUCCUCAGAGAAGAACAAGAAGAAGCUGUCAGCUGCGGUUGUGGAGAGCCGCCUGACUAAUGAUAUUUCACCAGAGUCCACCCCUGGGGCGGGUCGCAGGAGAGCACGUACUCCUCAUUCCUUUCCUCACAUCAAAUAUACCACCCAGAUGUCUGUCCCAGAUCAAGCUGAACUAGACAAGUUGCGUCAGAGGAUCAAUUUCACAGACCUAGAUGAGAGGAGCAUCGGCAGUGACUCCCAGGGGCGUGUCACAGCUGCCAACAACCAGCGCCAGUUAGCAGGAGAGAACAAGAAGCCCUACAACUUUCUACCUCUGCAUGUAAACACUAACAAAAGCAAGGAACUGCUCCCUCCCUCCUCCUCUGCCCCAGCCACUCCAGCUAUCACCAAGGAAACCAAGAAGCAGAGCCCGGGAUUCAGGGACACGUUAACCCCUGUGGUUCCUACCAAGGAUACUCUAAGGCUCAGCCAUAGUGGCACAGAGAGAGGGCCCUCGGUGCACAGAGAAUAUGGAAGAGGAGAGCCGAGAAUAGACAGCAGCCAGGUGGUGAGCAAACUGAUACAGAUCCGGGAGUACAUCAGUAAGGCCAGCUCCAUGCGGGAUGACCUGGUGGAGAAGAAUGAUGUGCCGGCCAAUGUGGAGCGUCUUUCUCAUCUCAUCGACCACCUCAGGGAGCAGGAGAAGUCUUAUUUACGGUUCCUGCAGAAAAUGCUGGCACGGGAAAAUGAAGAGGAUGAUGUGGGGACCCUGGACUCUGCAGUGGGCUCAGGUUCACUGGCAGAGAGUACUUCUCUCAACAUUGAGGUUCGCUCUUCAGAUGCCUCAAAUGCAAUGGGCUCUAGGCCAGAAGUUGUACAUGCUGACCAGAAGGAAGAGUUGGAGAAUCUGCGUAAGCAGCAUGAGCUGCUGAAGAAGAUGCUGGAGCAGCAGGAGCAGCUCAGGGCCCUGCAGGGCCAGCAGGAAGCUCUAAUGGCCAUGCAGCACAGCGCAGAACAGGCACUUGCUGUGAUUGAAGAUACUGUUGUCACAGAAACCACAGGCAGUGUUUCAGGCCUGAGCAUCACAUCGGAACUGAAUGAUGAGUUAAAUGAUUUGAUCCAGCGGUUCCACAACCAACUGCAUGACUCUCAGACCAAAGCAGUGCCAGACAACCGUCGUCAGGCAGAGAGUCUUUCCCUCUCCAGAGAGGUGUGCUGGUCUAGGACUCCCCAGGCUGUUGGCCCACCUCAACACAGGCCUGCCAAACUCACCAAGCUCCAAGAACUUCAAGACAAAAAACAAACCAUGGACAAGAUCCUAAGGGAGCUGCACUCACUCAGAGACCAGACUCUCAAUAAUAACUCAUGUCGUGGCUUGUCAACACAGUGCAGUCUGAGUAUGGGAGGAUCUUCAGAAUGUCCAUCUGCUCUCUGCUCUAAUGGGGCCUCAGCUUCCACUUCCUUCCAUCAUUCACUCACACAACACCAGGACAGCUCCAACAAGCUCAGGAAGCUAAAGGAGGUCCACAAGCGUUUGAAUGAGCUGCGGGAAUUGGUUCAGUACUAUGAGCAGACUUCUGAUAUGAUGGUGGAUGCUGUCAAUGAGAAUGUGAAAGAGGAUGAUGAUGAUGAGGAAGAGGAGGAUGACGAAGAUGAGACGGAGGACGGCUCUAUGUUUGAGGCCAUGUUUGACUCUGAGCAGGAGAACCGCCAGCCUGUAACUAACAUCAGAAACCCGCAGCGCAGUGGCAAUUGGACAGACUUGAACAGCCUGACCAACGGGCGCAGUGUCAGGAGUAGCGGCACUAACAACCGGGAUGGCAGGCUCAACACAGAGUGUGAGAUCAACAACCGGUCAGCAGCCAACCUCCGCAGCCUCAACAUCCCCUCAGCCAUAGAGUGCCAAUACAACAGGGACACGCCCUUUAACCAGGUGAAGGAUGAGGAUGAAGAAGAGGACUGUCUUGAUAAUGAUGCAGGGGCACAGGCUGUGGCUCCAGACAGUGAGGCAUCGGGGUCUAGUCGGAGGAGCAGCCUGGCUAAUGAUGGAGGUUUUUCCCAGAAGGUUCAUCGACAGACAGCCAAGCAGAAACUGCGGCAGCUGCAGGAACUGGUGGCCAUGGUUCAGAGUGACGACACAGAUGGUACAACAGCCAAUGAGGAUGAAGCUUUACACCAACAGCCAAAUAAUACCAGAGCUACUGCAGUUAGGACACCUGGGGCUGGAUCUAAACAGAAUCCCAGAGACCUCACUCUCUCCAGCAAGGCCAGGGAGAAGUUGUAUGAGGAGAAACUGCUUCAGCAGAAACAGGAGUUGAAGCAGCUCCAUGAAGAGCGCCAGAGACUCAUUGAAAUCCAAGGCAAGAUCCAGGACCUCCAGUGGGCUUGCCCUGACCUCCAGUCAUCUGUGUCCAGCACGGUGAGUCAGCAGGGUUUGCUGAAAAAGGUCCCAGUUGCAGUUUCCACUCCAGCCACUAUCCAAACUUCUUCAUCAUCUGGACCCAAAACCAACUCAGUUGUACUCAAACCCACUCCUCCAGAAGCAGCUACUUCUUCAGUCACUGACAAUGAACAGCUUUGGACAGAGAUGCGUCGCCACCAGAUUCUGCGGGAAGAACUGCGCCAACGCAGAAAGCACUUAGAGUCCUUGAUGGCUGAACACCAGAGGCGUAGUGGUCUCAGUGACUCUCCCCGCCGGACUGACGACCAAGGUGGCCUUGCUACACCUUCACAACCUAUCAGUAGGGAUGAAAGGACAAUGGCUACCUGGGGAUCCACUCCCUGCCACCUUGAUGACGAUGAUGAUGAUGAUGAGGAGGAUGAGGAUGAAUAUCACUCGGAGAUGGGUGCAGAAGAGGAAGAGGAGCAGGAAGAAUGUGCAGAGAGCAGCACUGAUGAUGACAUCUACUCUUCGAGCAGGAACCAGUGCUCUUAUAGGAAUAAUCAAGGAAGUAACCUGAAGCCUCCACCAGCCUUCUCAGGUGAGGGUAUUGGCCAUCUUCAUAACAAGACUAAGGUGAAGCAGCAGCAACAGCAGGGGUCUAGAAGUUUGAACCAGUCUGCUAACCAGCACGCAGGUUCUCGACGGCAAGAAAACCUGCGCUGGGCCUCAGAGCUUUCCUUUGCUGAGGGCUCAGGUCACUGGCAGGAACAGGUCAGCCAGCUGCAGAGACAGCUGGACUUCAGCACCAGCAUGUGUCAGACACUCCUGCAGGACCAGCAGACACUGUCAUACAUGUUGCAAACCAUGCUGACAGGUCAGUACGGUGUGUUGCCCAACAACCUGUCAUCGCCACAGGUCCACCUGGUCAUGCACCAACUCAACCAGUGUUACACCCUGCUGGCUUGGCAGCAAAACAAUGUGCAAAGACUAAAGCAGGUCCUGACCGACCUCCUACAGCAGCAGCAGCAACAACAACAACAACAACAGCAGCAGCAGCAGCAGCAACCGCUAUCCUCUUCAACAGCAUGUUGGCAGACACAGAAGCAGGGCUCCUCCCAGGAAUCCAGCUCUGGUCCCUCAGCCUCUCCUGGUGUCUUCCUCCCCUUCUCUUCUACCCUGCAUCCUUCAACCAACAACAUGUCAACGGCUGCCAUAUCCCCAUUCCCUCCCAGCUUUAACUUGUAUCCACUGUUCCCUCCUGCCAUGGGUGAGUUCCCUCAGAGUGUGGCAGGUCAUGCUGCUCCUGACCACCAGAAGCAGCAAUUAGACCCAAACACCUCUAUCAAAACAGAGUACAUGAGUUUCCCUCCUCCACUGCAGCGCUCUCCCCUUAACACGACAACAGAAAGAGGAGCAACCGGCUGGCUUAACACCUCCUAUGCAAACAACACCGUCCAGCAUCACUUGUCUAAAACACAGCCACAAGAGUCGCCCUCCUCCUCUCCCACGUUUGUUAAUCGCCACUCCAGACCUCAAGAUUUUGACCAGGCGUCACAGGAAAGCUUCAGCAGCAUGCCCGAUCCCGUUGACCCCACCACCAUAACAAAGACUUUCAAGGCCGGGCGUAAGGCCUCUGCACAAGCCAACCUGGCCUCCCGAAGCAAGACUCCCAAUUCUAAGAGUCGUCGCAGGAGGAGCAAAGGGCACAACAAGAACAGUGAAGGCCAUGAGAGUGACAGCGUUAGCAGCAGUGCGGACUUUGUCCAGGAGAGGGCAGCCCCAUCUCGUCACAAGGAUCAGAACCAGAGUCUGCUGGACAAGCUGACUCAAGAGAAACUAGACAGCAAGAUGAAGCUUGGGAAUAAAAGAAAUGACCUCUCCUCUGCCUAUGCUUGGAGAACACCCUUCCUAUCUAACAGAAUUGCAUGCACAGAAGCACCAGAUGCAAGCAGUGACUUCUCUCUGUUCGAGGCACUGAGGGAGACCAUUUACUCUGAGGUGGCUACCUUGAUAUCUCAGAAUGAGUCCCGACCUCACUUUCUCAUCGAGCUCUUCCAUGAGCUGCAGCUGCUCAACACAGAUUACUUGCGGCAGAGGGCACUUUAUUCUCUCCAGGAUAUAGUGACCAGGCACCUUGCAGAGAAAAGUGCAGCUGAGGACCAGCUGCCCCGUCUUGGUCCUGUGGUGUGGGCUGCAGGCUCUCAGUCUGAACUGACACCCAGCGAGAGUCUGGCUACCAGUGAUGCAGAGGUGGUGGAGAAGAACUUGAGGCUCACACAGGACACAAUGAAGAAGAGAGAUGAUGCAGAAUCUGUGGACAAUGACAGCACCAUGUCAACCUCAUCCAACCUGGAACCAUUUGCUAAUGAUGAUCUAGGCAACACGGUGAUUCAUUUAGACAAAGCUCUGGCCAGGAUUAGGGAGUAUGAGCGCAUGAAGCUUAAAGCUGAAUUUAACCCCUGCAACGCCAGCACUGCAGGUGCAGGUGGCUCUGAAGUCUCACAUGCUGAACACCCUUCUGCUAACCCUGCUGAACCAGUGGAAGGAGGUGCAGCCGAUGAUGUGCGAUGUCCUCAGAUUGACACGCAGCAGCUGGAUCGUCAGAUCAAAGCCAUCAUGACAGAAGUCAUUCCCUUCCUUAAGGAGAACAUGGAUGAGGUGUGUUCCGUCCAGCUGUUGACAUCUGUGCGGCGCAUGGUCCUUACACUCACCCAACAAAAUGAUGAAAGCAAGGAGUUUGUCCGCUUUUUCCACAGACAGCUGGGAGGCAUUCUGCAGGACUCUCUUAGUAAAUUUGUUGGCCGCACUCUGAAGGACUGUGGGGAGGACCUCCUGGUGGAGAUCUCAGAAAUCCUCUUCAAUGAACUGGCCUUCUUUAGGCUCAUGCAGGAUUUGGACAACAGCAGCAGCAUCGCUUUGGCAGCCAAACACAAAAAUAAGAAGAGGACUGAGCAACCCAGUAAAGCAAAGCCCAGUGUCAAGGAAAAUACAGUACCUGGUGGUGAUAAAUCAGUUUCUCCAGCCUACUCGGAUGAAGUCAAGGACCAAGAUGAGGCUGAGCAGGAAGGCGAUUCUACACUCCAGGAUCUUUACCUGCAGACAGAGAUGAAGAAUAACAGAAGCAGUGAAGCUUCAGAGGUUGAGGAGGAAGAUGAGGAUGAAGGGGUUGGACAGGGAAUGCCUAUGUCAAUCAGUCUGUCCAAAGCAGAGACUCAGGCCCUGACGAACUACGGCAGUGGGGAGGAUGAGAAUGAGGAGGAGGAAAUGGAGGAGUUCGAAGCUGGACCUGUUGACGUCCAAACCUCCUUGCAGGCCUCUGCUGAUGGACAGGUGGAGCAGGAGGGGACAACAGCCAGUGAAACCCAGGAGACAAAAACUGAACAGAGUUCAGAGAAUGAUGAGGAAACCAACAAGCCAGUUGGGACUAUGAAUUCCAAGGCAGAUGAACACAACAUAGCGGCAUGCCAGAGUCCUGAGGAGGAGAGUAAAGUUGAGGCAGCUGCUGCUUCAGAAGAAAACACUGCAGUCUCUCAUGAUCAGGAUGUGCCCAAGGAGCCAACCACGACUAGCAGCCCUGACACUGACUCACCCGUUAUGAUCAAUGUAGAUGAGAUGGGGUCAGGUAACACUAGUCAGAAGUCUGAUGAGGAAGACUUUGUCAAGGUGGAUGACUUGCCAUUGCAGCUUACAGUCAUGUGUGAGGAGGAGCUUCAGAAGAGAAUAGUGGAGGAGCAGCAGAAUAACAACCUGUCAGUAGAGAUCCUCAAUGGGAACACUGAAUCGCUGACUGGGCUGGUGGGAAAUGCACAGGCACUGAAGGAACCAGACACUGCUGGUGCCCAGAAUGUGUAAAGAGUUGUACCAAUGUCUCAUAAUCUACUGUUUUUAGCAACACUAUGCUUUCAACCUCAAUCUGUUCUGGAUGUAUGAUUGUUGAUUCUUAAUCUGCUAGUUUAAACGGAGCAACAGCUCAUAAUAUUGGUCACAAAUUAGCACACACACACACACACACACACACACACACUACACACACACACACACACACACACACACACACACACACACACACACACACACACACACACGAUAAAACUAAACCUAUACACUUAACCAACACUGCAAUUCAUUUUACUCGUGAAAGUUUAAUGUGAUUUAUUGGUAAUCUGGGGUGGGGUUAUCUCUAUGCUGCUGAUUUCUGACAGUUAAGCCUCUGUUUGAAUCUUUAGUACUGAAACUCGUGUUCAGAUCUGCCUUAGUCUCUUCCUUGGUUCUGGGAUCAGUUUGACAUGAGUUGUGAUUUUUUUUUUUUUUUUUUUUUUAAACGUCUUAUUUGUCUUGGCUCUGCCUUACUGUUGUACAGCUCAUCUUUUCUGCACUUGAUUCCUAAUUAUAAAGAGAUUACAGUAGGAUAAAAGUUCAGCUGUAGCUUGGCUGACUUCAGCUAAUUGUUUCUCCAUCUUGAACACUUUUUCCUUUGUAUCAGAGCUCAAAGCUCAGACUUAACUUUUAUCCCUUCAGAUGCAUCUUUAUAUGCUGUUUUGUUCUGUUAAUGGUUAGUCUCCAUUGAUUUUCAUGUAAUUAAAAUGUUGACUACAGUAAUAAGUUUUAAUUAAUA